CUCAGUGACUCUGAGCUGUGAGGUUAGAGACACCUCCUUAAACUGGACAUUCCUCUGGUACAGAGCAGUUCCCUACAGAAGAACUGCUCCAUUCAGAGAGAACUCACCUGAUGUUCGCUACAGAAGGAGCCCAUACUCUGUGGAGCUCCUCUCAGACAGCAGCAGAGGAGCUGGAGGCUCCUAUACUCUCAGCCCUGCUGCUCUUAAACACACUGGGCUUUAUGUGUGCAGAGCAGAGGGUGGAGAUCCCACCUAUCAGACAGACUACAGUGAUGUGAAAAGGUUUUGGGUCACAGGUCUGUCUCCUCCAGCCUCUUUGGUCAUCAGACCCAACAGAACUCAGCUGUUUGAAUCUGACUCUCUCUCCCUGAGCUGUGAGGGGCUGGACAACUCUACUGGAUGGAGACUGAGAUGGGAAACAAUGAGAGAAGAGACGUCAGACUGUCCAAAUGGUUGGAGAUCAGAAGCCGGACCCACAUGCAGCACCAGCAACCUACAGAUAUGGAAUAGGGGGGUAUACUGGUGUGAGUCUCAAUCUGGACAACACAGCAAUGCUGUCAACAUCACAAUGAACAGGAGACCCCGCCCAGUGCUCAGAGUUUCUCCACACAGCUGGCCAGCUGAGGGAGACUCAGUGACUCUGAGCUGUGAGGUUAGUGACACCUCCUUAAACUGGACAUUCCUCUGGUACAGAGCAGUUCCCUACACAAGAACUGCUCCAUUCAGAGAGGACUCACCUGAUGUUCGCUACAGAGGGAGCCCAUACUCUGUUGAGCUCCUCUCAGACAGCAGCAGAGGAGCUGGAGGCUCCUAUACUCUCAGCCCUGCUGCUCUUAAACACACUGGGCUUUAUGUGUGCAGAGCAGAGGGUGGAGAUCCCACCUAUCAGACAGACUACAGUGAUGUGAAAAGGUUUUGGGUCACAGGUCUGUCUCCUCCAGCCUCUUUGGUCAUCAGACCCAACAGAACUCAGCUGUUUGAAUCUGAGUCUCUCUCCGUGAGCUGUGAGGUGCUGGACAAGUCUACUGGAUGGAGACUGAGAUGGGAAACAAUGAGAGAAGAGACGUCAGACUGUCCAAAUGGUUGGAGAUCAGAAGCUGGACCCACAUGCAGCACCAGCAACCUACAGACAUGGGAUAGGGGGGUAUACUGGUGUGAGUCUCAAUCUGGACAACACAGCAAUGCUGUCAACAUCACAAUGAACAGGACACCCCGCCCAGUGCUCAGAGUUUCUCCACACAGCUGGCCAGCUGAAGGAGACUCAGUGACUCUGAGCUGUGAGGUUAGAGACACCUCCUUAAACUGGACAUUCCUCUGGUACAGAGCAGUUCCCUACAGAAGAACUGCUCCAUUCAGAGAGGACUCAGCUGAUGUUCGCGACAGAGGGAGCCCAUACUCUGUGGAGCUCCUCUCAGACAGCAGCAGAGGAGCUGGAGGCUCCUAUACUCUCAGCCCUGCUGCUCUUAAACACACUGGGCUUUAUGUGUGCAGAGCAGAGGGUGGAGAUCCCACCUAUCAGACAGACUACAGUGAUGUGAAAAGGUUUUGGGUCACAGGUCUGUCUCCUCCAGCCUCUUUGUUCAUCAGACCCAACAGAACUCAGCUGUUUGAAUCUGAGUCUCUCUCCCUGAGCUGUGAGGGGCUGUACAACUCUACUGGAUGGAGACUGAGAUGGGAAACAAUGAGAGAAGAGACGUCAGACUGUCCAAAUGGUUGGAGAUCAGAAGCCGGACCCACAUGCAGUACCAGCAACCUAGAGACAUCGGAUAGGGGGGUAUACUGGUGUGAGUCUCAAUCUGGACAACACAGCAAUGCUGUCAACAUCACAAUUAACUGUCUGUCUCCUCCAGCCUCUUUGGUCAUCAGACCCAACAGAACUCAGCUGUUUGAAUCUGAGUCUCUCUCCCUGAGCUGUGAGGUGCUGGACAAGUCUACUGGAUGGAGACUGAGAUGGGAAACAACGAGAGAAGAGACGUCAGACUGUCCAAAUGGUUGGAGAUCAGAAGCUGGACCCACAUGCAGCACCAGCAACCUACAGACAUGGGAUAGGGGGGUAUACUGGUGUGAGUCUCAAUCUGGACAACACAGCAAUGCUGUCAACAUCACAAUGAACAGGACACCCCGCCCAGUGCUCAGAGUUUCUCCACACAGCUGGCCAGCUGAAGGAGACUCAGUGACUCUGAGCUGUGAGGUUAGAGACACCUCCUUAAACUGGACAUUCCUCUGGUACAGAGCAGUUCCCUACAGAAGAACUGCUCCAUUCAGAGAGGACUCACCUGAUGUUCGCUACAGAAGGAGCCCAUACUCUGUGGAGCUCCUCUCAGACAGCAGCAGAGGAGCUGGAGGCUCCUAUACUCUCAGCCCUGCUGCUCUUAAACACACUGGGCUUUAUGUGUGCAGAGCAGAGGGUGGAGAUCCCACCUAUCAGACAGACUACAGUGAUGUGAAAAGGUUUUGGGUCACAGGUCUGUCUCCUCCAGCCUCUUUGGUCAUCAGACCCAACAGAACUCAGCUGUUUGAAUCUGAGUCUCUCUCCCUGAGCUGUGAGGUGCUGGACAACUCUACUGGAUGGAGACUGAGAUGGGAAACAAUGAGAGAAGAGACGUCAGACUGUCCAAAUGGUUGGAGAUCAGAAGCCGGACCCACAUGCAGCACCAGCAACCUAGAGACAUUGGAUAGGGGAGUAUACUGGUGUGAGUCUCAAUCUGGACAACACAGCAAUGCUGUCAACAUCACAAUGAACAGGAGACCCCGCCCAGUGCUCAGAGUUUCUCCACACAGCUGGCCAGCUGAAGGAGACUCAGUGACUCUGAGCUGUGAGGUUAGAGACACCUCCUUAAACUGGACACUCCUCUGGUACAGAGCAGUUCCCUACACAAGAACUGCUCCAUUCAGAGAGGACUCACCUGAUGUUCGCGACAGAGGGAGCCCAUACUCUCUGAAGCUCCUCUCAGACAGCAGCAGAGGAGCUGGAGGCUCCUAUACUCUCAGCCCUGCUGCUCUUAAACACACUGGGCUUUAUGUGUGCAGAGCAGAGGGUGGAGAUCCCACCUAUCAGACAGACUACAGUGAUGUGAAAAGGUUUUGGGUCACAGGUCUGUCUCCUCCAGCCUCUUUGGUCAUCAGACCCAACAGUAUUCAGCUGUAUGAAUCUGAGUCUCUCUCCCUGAGCUGUGAGGGGCUGGACAACUCUACAGGAUGGAGACUGAGAUGGGAAACAAUGAGAGAAGAGACGUCAGACUGUCCAAAUGGUUGGAGAUCAGAAGCCGGACCCACAUGCAGAACCAGCAACCUAGAGACAUCGGAUAGGGGGGUAUACUGGUGUGAGUCUCAAUCUGGACAACACAGUAAUGCUGUCAACAUCACAAUGAACAAUGGCAAUGUGAUUCUGGAGGGUCCUUCCAACCCUGUGACUGAAGGAGCUCCUUUGACUCUGCGUUGUAUAUCCCGGAAAAGUCCCUCAACUUUCAGUGCAGAUUUCUAUAGAGACGGGUCACUCCUUCAGACGGAGGCUACAGGAGAGAUGACCAUCCCUGUCAUCUCAAAGGCACACGAGGGCUCUUACAAGUGCAGACACCCACAGCUGGGAGAGUCACCAGAGAGCUGGGUUACAGUCAUCAAUGUUGUUCCCGUCUCACUGCUGCCGCUGACUUGCUCUCUACUAGUGUUUUCUCUCAGUGUGCUUGGGAUUGUCACACUAGUGGUGACAUGUCUCAGAUCUAAAAAGCACUCCCAAAUUAAGAAGAAGGAAGUUAAAGACCCCUGAUUUUGCUGAGACUGUUGUUACAUAUGUUAUUAUGACCACCACUGUACCAGUCAUAUGGUGUUUGUCAGUUUAUUUUUACACAUUCUUCUGCUUUUUUUUCACCAAUUUUAAAUGUUUAUAUAUACUUAAACUAAGCUUGUCGCCCCACAUGUCUGAUACGGAAUCUAAGGUUUGUAUCCCUAGAUAUGUGUUGCCCUUGGUUCUACCUCUUGGGGUAAGGUCAGAGUAGCAAGUGGCAAUAGCUCAAACUGUACAACCAAAAAAUGUUAUGGCAAGCUCUAGGAGCCACAUUAUCCAUAUCAUUAUGAUUAUCAUUAACAUAUUAUUAUCUUAUCAGUAUCUUGUAAUUUGAAGAUUCAAACUUCAAACUGCAACUGACACAAUUUAAUAUCUCAAUUUUUUAAAGUUGGUAGGCUUAUACUUGGCUACAUCUGCUCAAGUCUCCUCAAAUCUUGUUCCGCUCACUCAACCAAAUCAAUACAUGCUUGUGUGAAUGGUGAAUCUUAAUUCAAUUUGAUAUAAAAGCUACUUACCCACUUUCAAACAAAUCAGCUAGUAAGAUGUCCCUCUUCCUCUGACAUUGUUUGGUCAGUCUUCAAAAUUAAAUUGGUCUUCAAAUCCUUACAUUCCCUUACAUUUACAAAACUCAAAUGGUCCUCUUUCACCUGUUGACGCAGUCAAAUCAUUUCAACGUUCACAACUUGGGACAUUCUGCAGGACCCCGAUAAUCACCGCUUGUUUAUUAUGAUAGUCUAUUGUUUGUUUGUCGAUAGUCGAUUGUUCUGUUAUAAAUGUUGAUACUUGUAGGCCUAUGUGUAGCAUUUACUCUACAUUACUGUAUUCAAACAUAUUCUUGCCUUCAAUUAAUAAUACCACAUUUUAUAUACAGUAUGCAUGCAUGUUUUGCAUACAAUGAAGCUAAAUCAUUUCAUAAAAUGCUCAAAUUUAACACAAGAAUAUAUCUGUCACAAUCAUCCUCAUAUUCACAGGUUUCAAAACCGCAGACAGUAACUCACAGGUACUGCUUCACACCCUAUCAGUGUACAGCCACCACAUCCACACACUAUAGUUUCUUACAUUUUCACUCAGACAAGACACACAACAAACUUUUUAGUCUAUUGUUGCCAGAAAUGUAAUCAUUCAAGAUAACACACCUUUCUUGGAACAGAAAAUAUAUUGUUGUGGUUUCACUUAAUUCUUUCUUGCUCUCUCAGUUUAUGCUGCGGCCACAUUACGCAGCGCUAUGCUGCAUGUCUAGUUGUAAAUAAAAAGUGAGCGCUAGCUGGAGAA